AUGUCAAAAAUGAGUUGUUAUGCUGAUUUUCAAUAAAAAUUAAGUCAUUAUGGCACCGGUUUCAAGCUUCCGGCAUAUUUAAGGUCCUGGAUUAGACCCCCGGUCGCGUUAGUGUAGUUGAGUCGCAAUAUAACGUGUGCCCGUUAUUAUUAGCUUUAGGCAAUUCGGGUGCCUGAUUUUAGGUGUAUGGGGCGACAAUUAUUGCUCCUAGGAUGGACGUUAUUACUAGCAAUUGGUAACGAUGGCGCCGAAAUUACAUGUCCUGAGGAGUGCAGCUGCCGCACAUCCUACCAAAAAGAUGAAGGCAGUAUAUUACGCGUCACUUGUUCGAGGGGGAAUAUGCACCACAUUCCCAUUGAUUACUUCGAUAAGAACGCCCAUGUCAUCAUCAUCAGUGCACCACUAGAAAAACCUAACUUUCUUACCAUCGGACCAAUUUUUACUCAACCCAUACCUUUCAUAAAUCUCCGAGAAUUACAUAUAAUUAACUCAAAUGUUCCGUCAAUAGGUCAGUACUCUUUUUGGGGCCUUCAAAAUUUGCAACUCAUCAAUUUGACCUACAAUAAUCUUACUAGCAUAAAUGCUGAUAACUUCCGCGGCCUAAUAAAUCUCACCGAGCUACACCUCGACCAUAACAAUAUAGAGCAGAUGCCGAGUGAAACAUUCCGCCACCUCACCGCUCUUAAAACUUUAAUUUUAUCGAAUAACCAAAUCGAAAUACUGGUACCUAGAUUAUUUCGAAUGUUAGCGAAGCUGUCUUAUUUGGAUUUAAGUGAUAAUCCCUUGACUGAAUUGAACCCGGAGGUUUUCAAAGACAUACAACACUUAAGAGUGCUUAAGUGCAGACGAUGUUUACUAAGAAGAGUUAAUACUCAGAUUUAUCAUUUGGUACCUCAUUUAGAGGAGUUGGAUUUGGGGGAAAAUCAAUUCAAAUACCUUACGCCUGAUGAAUUUAUAAGUUUGAAGAAAUUGAAAAAAUUAAAACUAGACGGUAAUCAAUUGUCAGUAAUUGUUGAUAAUAUGUUUGGACGUAAUCGCGAGCUUCGCGUGCUGUCGCUAGCCCACAAUCGACUCGCUCUACUGGCGCCUAACGCCCUCACUAAUUUGACCAACCUCGUGCACUUAGACAUUAGCCACAAUAAAAUCGACAGGUUCCAUUUGCAGACUUUCGCGCCUGUUGUGGACUCUCUUAAGACUAUAAAUUUUAGCGGUAAUAACUUACCGUUGAAUGAAAUCGCUAUUGUACUACAGAUUCUACCAGAAAUUCACGGAGUGGGGCUAGCGAAUUUGUCGCUGCCAGAAAUACCUCCAAAUUUCUUCACAUACAAUGAACAUUUGGUAGCAUUAGAUAUAUCUUGGAAUAAAUUAACAAAAUUUCCAUAUAAAUUGCUUACGAAGACAAAAUUUCUACAACGAUUAGACAUAUCGCAUAACAGGUUGCAUACACUGAGCGAGCAAGAUUUACAACGCUUGGAAGCGAUAGCGCAGAUAAAUUUAUCUAAAAAUACUUGGCAUUGCGAUCAGUGUUCAGCGGGGACGAUGCUCGUGUAUAUGACAACUACAGUGUUGAAUGCAACAAUAAGACAUCUCAAGUGCUACUCGCCGAUGAGAUUGAGGGGAACCAGUUUUGCCGACAUGACUUUUGAUCGUUUAGAUCCAUGUCCAAGUACACAUGAAGCACAGAUGAGCGUUAUAGCUGGUUUAAUGUUGUUGUGUAUUGCCGUACUAGCAGCGGUGGCAGGCGCGUUAUGUUGUACCAGACGACGUGCCGCUCAUUAUUAUACGAAUGAGGAGAAGCGGCGAGAACAUGCGCACGAUCAUCCUGAGGAACUACUGGGGCGAACAGAGUUGGGUAGUGUGGCUACCAUCCACGCUCCCUACCACCUGGUCUCUAAGGGCAGCUAA